UCUCCUACACGCUGACGACGACACCCGGAAGUGCCGAGCUGCCUGCUUUGUUUUGUUUUGGUAGUGGGAGUUGGAGAAGAGGGAGCCAGGAAGAGGUCCGCUCGGUCCGGGAGACAACCGCUCACUAAAUGGGGAGAGCCACAUCGGGGAUGGAAGAUGACGGACCGAUAACUGACGCCUGUAACAUGCCGAGCUUCAUCAGCAGUCUGGAGGAAGGGAGGGCGAAAUUGUCCCGCAACCUGCCGACGGAAACUUCCCUCGCGGACGGUAAAGUUGAGCGGUCGGUCAGAGAUUUGAGCCGCCGUGUCAGCAGAUCAAACUCUCGGUUGUCGCUGGACGGGGGCGAGCGGGAGUCGGAGGAGAGGAGCAGCGAGGAGGAGAAGGAUGCGAAGGGCAACAACAACAACAACUGCAACGGCGGAGGAGGAGAGAGGAGGAGGGCGAGCGCUGUCGAGAUUUUGAGGAGGAAUUUCGGGGUUUCAAAGUCUCCCUCCGUGUAUCUGAACACUAACAGUCGGAGUAAUGGCGGCGCCGAGCACGAGCCCCGCGAAGGAGCCGUUACUAACGACGUUUCAAACGAUUAUGAAAGUGAAUGUAGCGAAUGUAAAAAGUCGGAGCGGGAACCGGGCGACGCGGGGACUAAAAACGAGCCAACCUCCAGCGACUUGACUUCGGAUGUACAAGGAGUUGAAUUUUUAACAUGUCACCGCCAUCAUAAAUGUGACAGUGACGUCAACACGGCCACUUUAGACGAGUCCUUCAACAGUAAGGAACACAUCUACUGCACUGUCUACUGCAUCGCUAACGACAGCCUCCGAACAGACGUUGAAAUCACAGACGAUGAAACCAUCCCAUGUGACGCACCAGAAAUGGACUUGGAGCCCGGACAGGACGCGGGUUCGAGUCCCGAACCGGUUCUCUACACACUGGACGACCUGGUGGACCCUUUCGGGAACAUAACACACCGGUUUUCCAUGCAUGAGCAGGCCGGUGCAGAGACAGCGUUGCAGAGUUGCCGGGUGUGCCUGGAGGAGAAAACCAUCGCACCCUUGCCCUGCUGCAGGAAGGCCGUGUGCGAUGAGUGUCUGAAGCUCUACGUCAGCCCCCAGGUGCGAGUAGCCAAAACGUACAUCAUCUGUCCGAUCCCAGAGUGCAGCGGCUACCUGGAGGAGGGAGUGGUGAUUUCCCAUUUAGCCAGCGAGGACGUGGCAAAGUAUCGUUACUUUUUGGAGCUGAGUCAGCUGGACUCCAGCACCAAACCCUGCCCCCAGUGCAGUCACUUCACCUCUCUGAAGGGCCACAACCCCAGCCGCUCCGAGCACAAGUACAAGAUCCAGUGUAGCAAUUGCCAGUUUGUGUGGUGCUUCAAAUGCCAUGCGCCAUGGCACAACGGGGUCAAGUGUCGCGACUACAGGAAAGGAGACAAGCUGCUUCGAAGCUGGGCCAGUGUCAUAGAGCACGGCCAAAGGAACGCCCAGAAAUGUCCACAAUGCAAGAUCCAUAUUCAGCGCACAGAAGGAUGUGACCAUAUGACAUGUACACAGUGUAACACCAACUUCUGUUACCGCUGUGGAGAGCGCUACCGACACCUAAGGUUUUUUGGGGAUCAUACGUCCAACCUCAGCGUGUUUGGGUGCAAGUUUCGCUAUCUACCUGACAAACCUCAUCUGAGACGGCUAAUUAGAGGGUCUGUCUGUGCCACGAAGGUGCUGAUAGCUCCAGUGGUCAUUUUGCUGGUCAUGGUGCUCGGAUCUCUCGCCUUGGUGAUAGGUUUCGUAGUUUUCCCAGUCUACUACGUGUGUAAGAGGAGGAAGAAGCAGCGAACGCAGGGCUCCGGACGCUGGAUCUGAAACCUGCCCUGCGCCUUGUCUAGACCACACACGCAGCUUGAAGACAUCUCCUCAGGGACGAAAACGCCAGCCCGAGUCACCGCAAAUGUCUGAGGGGAACAUCACAAAAUUAACAAUGGCAAUCAGUGAAAAGGGCAGCAGUGUGUCUUUCCAGAAAUCAUAACCCGGUGACUCAAGAUAAUCCACAGACAGGAACUAUUUUCCUUCCGCCUAAGUACACCUACCAAGUGUAUCACAGCGCAGUAGGAAGCGUCCAUGACACGUCACAGGAUGUUUAAGCAGUGUCCAUUAGCAGCUUUUUACUCUUCUGUCAUACAUUUAACAACAGCUGUCUCUCAGGAGAACAAAUCUAAACGCACGUAACGGACGGAUGCAGUUGUGUUUACACCCGCACUCAUGAGAACGCGUUAAAAGAGCAAGCUUGGAGCGCAUUCCUUGGUCGAUAUGAUGGCGUACAUACUGGAUAUUAUGAACACUGACUGCUGGGAAAUAGUAGGAGGAGGUCACAGAUGAGAAACUGAUACAUGUGAGGAAAUAAUAUCUUCCUUAUUGAACUUUUGCAAAAGCUUUAGUCAUUUGUCAACAGUGCGAGAUGGAGUUUAGGACCAAGCCAUGAUGGGAAAUGAGCUCUCACAGCUAGACACUGACUUUGUUCAUCCUCUGCUGGUGGAAACUCAGAUAAUAUUGGAUAUUAAAAAUUCCAAUUGCGAUGCGGAGUCUUUGACAGGCACACUGUUGAAAAUAAUAUAAGAGGACUUCACAUGGAGGGAUGGACGGAUGAUAGUUGAAGGUUUUGCAUGAAGAUUUAAAAGCUGAGUUGUGUGUCUGUUCCCUGAGAGUGACACACAGGCCACACCCACUAUAUAAAAAAUGGGGUGUGUUCAGCCCUCUAACCCCUAAACGAAAUAUUGCAAAGUGGAAUUUCAGCAAGCCUCCAUUGUUCCCUGUUCUCCAUCAACUCCUCCUUCUAUCUGCCCCUCACUUCUAUUCAGUCCCUCCUCUCCGCCUGGUUGGACGGUGGCUCACACACCCUCCCUGCCUGGCAGGUCGUCUCUGCUGUGCCCACACACUGUAUGCCAGUAUCUGCAUCAUCAAAAAAAAAAAAAAAAAAAAAAAGCUGCUGUGCGGCAGUUGUGCCAAAACAAAACGCUGAAUGUGGCAGGACAGGCGGUUGACCCUGUCCCUUUGUUAGAUUAUUUUGUUGUUAUUGUUUUUUUAGGGGGUUGCCUGUUGCAGAGGUUUUGGUUGGUGAUGCUGUCAGUGUGUAGCGGAGUCUGCGUAAAGAAACAGAGGCUCUAUAAGACUGUAGGAAUAUGCAUUAGAUAGUUAAAUGCUGCUUAAAGUUAAAGUGACUGAACAUGCUGUUGCGAGUGGUAGCUGUUGCUAAACAGGAUAAAGUAUUUAAGAUUGUACUUUUCUUUACGAUGUAGCCGGGGUGGUGGUUUGCUUCAGAGCUGAACAGGGUGUUAGGGUUUUUGUUUUUAAGUAUGAGUUCAGAGGUUAUCCUCAGGCUGCUGUGCACUGAAUGUGUGGAAUAAAUUUGGAUGUUAAAGGUCCAGUGUGAAGGAUUUAGAGGGAUAUAUUGGCAGUAAUAAAUUAUUUCUCUGGUGUAUAAACACCGGAAAAUUAGUAUCGUCGUGUCGCCGUCGUAGUUAGCAAGCCAAACAGCAUCCGAGAAACCCUGAUUUUUAACAUGAAACUGCUUUAUUCAGUUUUUUUACCGGUUUAAAUCACCUGAUCUGUUUGUUUUGGAGAGGAAGAGACCUCUGAGGAUAAUUCGGCUGCCGGUAAUAAUCUCCUAAAUGUCUGGAUCUUAAAUUAUCAAAGAAAAAAGCUGAGCACACAUGAGAAGAGCAACACAUCUGCGACGAGCCAAACAUCAUCAAAGAAACGCUCAUUUAUAGUGUGAAACUGCUUCAUUCAGUGGUUUUACCGGUUUAAAUCAUCUGGUUUGUUUGUUCUGGAGAGGAAGAGACCUCUGCGGAUAAUUUGGCUCCCGGUAAAAACCUCCCGAACAUCUGGGUCUUAAGUUAUAGAAGAAAAAAGGUGAGCACACAUUAGCAGAUGCUGGGCUAACAGCCCAUCUGCGACGAGCCGAACAGCAUCAGAGAAACGCUCAUUUUUAGUGUAAAAUUGCUUUAUUCAGUGUUUUUACCGGUUUAAAUCACGUGGUCUGUUUGUUUUGGAGAGGAAGAGACCUCUGCGGAUAAUUCAGCUCCUGGUAAAAACCUCCUGAGCAAUGAACACUGAAGGAAUCCUAACUGGGCGUCUGCAGUCCUCACCUCUAGAUGCCACUAAAUCCUACACACUGUUCCUAUGAUUGUUAGGUGACCAGGUUUUAAGAAGUGAUGCACAGAGUUUGGUUUUGCGUCUGAUAUUUGCAGUGGUAAGAGGACGUCUGUCUGUAAUGAGAGUGUGGAUAGUGACAUAGUGGCUUUUAAGUCAUUCACACUGGCACACACUGCGAGAUAGCACACACUCGGCGUGCUGCCAGGAAACAGGAGAUUUUCAAGAGCUUUAAAGGUCAUCACCUGGCAGCAGCCAGCUCGCUGUCCUUCACUUAUCCCUCGAUCCUCUCCUCCCUGCUGUCAGGCCCUAGUUUUGAAAAUGAGUGCACAUCCACUGGAGCUGUGGCGGCUGUUGAGCCACAAAAUAAUCAUCCAGACUCGACGCUUUGGAGCCUCUGAUACGUGAGAAUAGCACAGAGCUACCUGCGGAGCGAGCUGCGGUCGAGUACAAGUGGUUUCCACAUCACUCACAGAUAUUGUUUUGUGUGUUUAGCUCACCCCUUCACUGAGUGAUCUUUUUUUUUUUUUUUCGCUCCAUCGUGAGACGUUUAUGAAGACGGUUUAAAGAAAACAAAGACGAGGACAAGCACAAUGUAUCUGCACAUAAGAGAUGCUACAGCAUGGAAAAGGAUGUGGGAUGAUAAAAGCCAAGGCCUCCAUUGGAAACAGAGAAGAUCAUUGCGUAAUGAAAUUUGUAGUGGUUACCAGUGGGACAUAUUCUGAGUGUUGCAGCACAUUUCAUCACUGGAUCACUGACACCAGGAUUUAAGGCAUGAAGGAAAAGCAGGGUUGAUGUUCAUGCAUGUUGGACAUCAUUAGCUCGUCUUUAUCCCAGGGAUCUGACACAUUUUCUACAUCUGGGAUUUAAACACUGACUGUCAAAGUGCAGUGAAACUGUACAUACAAGGGUCCUAAAGGGCACCGACAAUAUAUUGCUACACACACUGCUUUCAGGAGGUCCUGACUCUGGGUUUGAAUCCACUCUCAGGGAGUUUGUUUUCUGUUCACUGUACCCAGAGCGCUGCAUCCACACGAGCUGUGCCACAGACAUCGCAGAGUUAAAAUGCUUCCUGAUACAUUUGCCCAGAGCUGCUUAGCAAACAUAUUAAAUUCCAGGAAGUAAAAACAUUGUAGUGUCAAAAAGAGAUCCAAAUAUCUCAGAGAUGCAAACACAGUCUGUGUUUUUAGAGCAUGACUCAGCUGUUUGUGAAAGCUGCUUAGGGGUCAGGGGACUGAAAAAGUCCAACGAGGAAAUAUCUAUGAGUCAUACAGCGCUGGGAAUUAAAUGUGUAAGGUAUGCGCCAAACAUAAACAUUGACACUGUCUACUUAAAGAAAUAUUAAAUUCCCCCCUCUAAAUGACCAUCUGUUUAUCAGUUACUCACCCUAAGAAAACUUUUUUCUCACAUGCCUCCAGUGAACUAAGAAUCCGAAAACUGAGAAAAUUCUCAAAGAACUUAAGUAGAUGGGCAAAACUACAUCAAAACAUAAGAAUUCAAGUCUUAGCAUCCAGUCACUUCCCAAAUAGACAGUCCUUACUGACAGGGAACUGAACUAAAAGUGAAACUUAUCUAUGCUCUCUUCAAAGCCAGACUCCAUUGACAAAAACAGUCAUUUUACCUCACUGAACACAGGAGCUGCUGGUCUACCACUGCCUCUAUCGGUUAGUUUGAUGUGUAACUGUGUGACGCUGGUGUUUUAAAUGGUUAGUUCAGAUCCACCAAAGUCACACGAUAACAAAAAUAAACUACUGAUAGAAGCGGCAGUCGACCAACAGCUCCUGUUUUCAGCAAGGUAAAAUUACUGUUUUUGUCAAUGGAGUCUGGCUUUGAAGAGAGGAUAGAUAAGUUUCACUUUAAGUUCAGUUCCCUGUCAGCAAGUGUCAUCUGUCUUUGAAGUACUGAGCAUAUGACCGGAUAAAUGAGACUUGAAUUAAACUGCACGAGUUGUGUGACAGUUUGUAAACGAUACACACCAAUAAUCUUCUCAGUUUUUGGCCGGGCUGCCCCCCUAUGGUCGACCAAACCUUAGUUGACCAGAAAGGUCAUUAGUCGGCAAGAUUUCAUGAUUGGACCAUGUGGGACUUUAAUUUGAAAGGACAGAGACAGGAAGUGUCCACGCUCAGGGGUCAGGUUAAUUUCCAGGGCUGGUACCUGCGGUUAUUCCACAGGCUAGUUAAUAACAUGUCGGGCAGGAAAUCCAAAGUGUGGGAUCAUUUUGAGAAGGUGAAGGACGAACCCAAGGUGAUAUGUAAACUCAUCUUCAUUGGUCGACUACAAACAUGACGUAUCAUCUGAAACAUGGAAGUAGCUACAUGCCCAUUAGCCCACAGCGUCAUUAACAGGCGGCUCGCUCAGUGUGUGACGUGCACUUGUAGAUAAAAUAUAGGCCUAUAUUAAUGAAGGUUCAUUAGUACGGUUUUGUAUUUCUCUGUAAUGUAGCACAGUGUUAACAAUGUUACUGAUACUAUUCUUUCUCACACCUUCAACUCAAACAAUUGUGUUGCCCCGCCCAAAAUAUAUCAUUUAAUAAUUAAACUAAUGUCGUAAACAUGCAGGCGACUAGUCGACUAAUGGCCCUGAAUGACAACUAUAAGUCGACUAGGAAAAUUAUUAGUCAGGGGCAGCCCUAGUUUUUGGAUCCUUCGUUCAACAUGGAGGCAUGCGAGAAAAUCAAAGUAGUCUUUACAAAUUAAACACGGGGUGAGUGAUCGAUAUACAAAUGGUCUUACACGCACCUAACUGCUCAGCUAGUACUACACUGACAUGUUAUAUUGCUGCAUUAUUUGUUUGUUUGAAAUAUGAGUGACAGCGUGAUGGACAUAUGUACUUAAAAUUAUUUUAAUCAUCUGUGGGCACAUGUUUUCCACUAUAUCCAUGGCUUUUCACCACAAACAUUCCCCUGCACUUUACCACAACUGAAUUAUUAAGUCCAUUGAUCACCUUAUCGCCAAAAAAAAUAGCAGAUGGUAUGUUUUAUAACUGAACAAUCAUUUACGUAAUUUAGUAAGUAAACACUGGGUCACAAAAAAGGAAGCGCCUUUUUCGGAGCAGGGGUUUAAAGUCAGAUUUAUUUGGCGAUUUUGCUGUCAGACAGUAAAUUUAAAUAUGAAUUUGUUCUUCCUGCUCAGCUGCAGGACAAAUGUAAAUGAAUAAGGGUUUCUAACAUGAUCAUGGCAGCCUCGCAUCUGAUUUAUUUCACUUUAUACACAUGUAUUAAUCCACUCAAUCACUGUUAAGAUGCCAUCAUUGCUUUGUUUUGUUGUUCCUACAUAUUACUGUCUUCAUCACGUCUCUGUAAAGACUAAGCAACUGUUUGGGUAAAGCUUAACAAGCAAAAAGGAAAUUGCUGUAAAUCAAUUUCAUUCAGUUACAUGAGUUAUUUUGGCCAAUGAUUUUCCUGUGCUGGGGCGUAUUGGCUGGCUGAUCCCCCCGGCCUUUUUGUGUGUGUUACAAUCCCAUAAUAUUGGCAUAAAUAUGCAAUAGUGCCUUCACAGCCAUUAUAGAUCAGGGUUUGCCAAUCUGUGGUUCAGGGCCCCUGUGUGACUCCAAAGAUUAGAAAUGGGCCUCAAGUCAUGCAUCAACAGAAACAUGUAGGAACCACAGUUAAAUAUAUCUAUGGAUCUGUUACCCCGACACACACAGGCUAUUCUGCAGAGGCCCGCAAUUAAGAAUGUGUGUUUUAAAUUGCUGAAGGUGAAACCAAACCUAUGAUAUGUUACAGGUGACCACGAUACAGGGUGUCAGCUACGUCCCAAAUACUCUUUAUGGUUUUGCACAAUUACUGUCACUUUAUUUUGGCUCAUAUAAACCUCACUGUCUGGUCUCGCCCUGUCUCCAGCAUCGGGCGACUGUGACAAAGUGACGGACGUGAUUAUAUCAAAAAGAUGUCUCAGUUUAAACAACUUAAAUACAUAGUUAUAGUGACAAUAUAUUAAUAAAGGUUCAUUUCAACUCAGGAGGCCUGUGAGUAUUUGUGUUGCUGUGACAUCAGGAUGCAAACUUUAGCAACGGUUACUGUCUGUACGCCACUUUGUUUUUAAGGGUAUUUCUAAUCAGAGAAAUGUCUUAAACUUAAUCACUGUCCUCCUCGUUUGCACUAAAACAGAUUCUUCCACCUGCUGCCACUGUUAUAAAUGUCUGCUGAUAUGAUGAUCGCCCACUUAGACAGGCACAAACUCUGUUUUCAUCUGAGGAUCUGAUGAAGAAUAAACUAAACUGGGUCAAAUGCCA